UAUAGCAGAAACUAGUACUGAACAACAUGGACAAAAUCUGGAUUUUCAGAUAUUUUACGUUGUUAUUUUCAAGUACAGGGAUCUACGUUGUAGGCCUAUUUCUAAUGUCGUUAGCCUUACACCAAGUGGCGAUGUCUUUUAUUAUAACCAAUAAGGUGGGUCUCGAUAGACAACGGUAUGUUGCCGAGUUGUCUGGAAAACAUUUCAUGGAAGCGAUGCGUCAUAACAAUGUUAGCAACACCACUGUCGGUGAACUUGUGGUUACGACAACGUUCGACGGACAGUAUUCUACAGAAGUAUCAUCUGACGACGACGGACAGUAUUCUACAGAAGUAUCAUCUGACGAUGUAAGCCAAAGCAUUGCUGAUCGUGGGCAGGCUAUAUGCGUACAAAAAACGUCUAAUUUUCAUGGCAGAGAAGCUGUAGAUUUCAAAUAUCAUCAAUGGAGUUAUCUAGAAAACGCCUUCAAUGAUACAUUACGAGGCGGACAUUGGAGACCCCGGGGAUGUAAGGCCCAGUUCCGGAUUGCAAUCAUUAUUCCUUACCAAGAUAGGGAUCGCCAUCUAAAGUUAUUCAUAUCGAACGUCAUACCCAAACUACAACGACAAAUGGUGGAUUACACUAUAUUUGUGGUGGAACAGGCACCAGGAAACCAUUUUAACCGCGGAAUGAUGCGUAACAUAGGAUUCGUUGAAGCCAGUAGGAAACAGAAGUUUGACUGUUACAUAUUUAACGACGUUGACACCAUUAUUGAGGAUGACAGAAACAUGUUUAUUUGUGACGCACAUCAUGUACGUCACAUUGGAUCUCUGGUGGACGUGUUUAAUUACACACUUUUGUACAAAAAGCUAAUUGGAGGAAUUCUGAGCGUGACCUACGAACAGUUUGUGAAAGCGAAUGGUUAUUCUAACUCCAUAUACGUCUGGGGAGGCGAGGACGACGACUUAUUCGACAGAUUUCGUAAAUAUGGUUACAAAGUGUCUCGACCUCCAGCCGAGGUAGGACAUAUAACGACCCUCAUCCACAAACGGAAUUAUGACAAUCAAGUAAGUGAAGCGAUUUUAAAAAAGAUCAGGAACCACGAUUCCAAAGACGGACUGAAUACGCUGGACGAUAAAUACUCACUGGUUAUUAGUGAGGAAAGACAACUGUUUACGUGGCUGUAUGUACGUGUUAGCGAAGAACUUGUCCUAAAGAGCCUCGAAAAAUUCGAGAGCAUCGAACACCACAAAGGAAAAGAAUACAUAAAAGGAAGUGUUCGGAAUAAACCUUGGAACAAAGUCCAUUUAAAAGAAAAGACAAUUGCACCUUCGCCCUCGCCUUCAUCUUUACCACCUUCCCCUAUACCGUAGUCUGGCGGUCAUUGGGCGCCACAGAUGACCUGGAAUCUAGCUCCUUGCAUUCUUCAGAGGGACCGAUUACCUGUCUAAUUCUGGUUGGCACCUCCUCAAAGGAGAUACGGUCUCUGUACCUGAUGCCAAGGGGCUUUCUAAGACAUAUCCAUGACCGGUAUUCUUCUUUCUAUGUCUGCUGUUUAUAUCUAAGGUUUCCGUGAGAAUGAGAAUAUUGAUAUGAUUAGAGAGCACAUCAAUGUUGUCCAACGUUGAACGGAUGGCGGUGUUCUUUUCGUUGUAGAUCUUCCUUAAGUCUGCAAAUGCUGCUAGAGUCUUAACAGAUCUGGCGAGUUCUUCAGUUUAAGAUCAUUCGUCUGAAACGAUUGCCCCGGACAUUUUGAAUCGCCAGUGCUGACUGUCAACUCAUAGGUUUCCUGUGCAUCUGUCAUAAUUUCUCUACAAAGACAUCUUACGGCAAGUGGAAUUACAACAAAACAAAGUAUCUCAUGCCUCUCCAUGACGAUAUACUACGAAUAGUUAUGGUUGAAGAGUAUGUGAAAUAUUUAAACGUGCUUCCUAGUCCAUGUUUAUAAAUAAAAUGUUAGAGUUAAAUUUAAA